AUGGCGAACAAAAUGACGUCGACAAGAAAUCGUCGCCUCAUGAGGACCUGGUUCGCUCUCACUCUGCUCAUUUUUGUUUUUCCAUCAGCUUCGCGGUGUAACACGUGUCAAAAACCAGACCUGCCAAACAGCGUGAAAGAAAAUGUUCCCAAAGAGGUUCCAAUUGGUUAUUUCGAUUUGACGAAAGGAAACACCUCUUUUUAUCUCAUUGCUGCAAAAAAAUUGGAUUAUGAAGAACUAAAGGGAAAAGGAGAAAAUAUGAAAGUGACGUUACAGUGUAAAUCUAGCAAUACCUCGCCUGUGCAAUAUGAAGUGUUCAUUACGCUGAAGGAAGCCAAUGAAUUCGCACCUAAUUUCACAGAACGUGUUUAUUACAAAACCAUCGCUGAGAACGCAAGAAUCGGUGAUACUGUAUUCUUAGCUUCCAGUUUCGCAUCGGACCGAGAUUAUGGAGACAGGCUGCUUUUUGAAACUGCAAACUUUACACAAGCACAGAACCGAUUGGAUGGAAUUGCUUCAGGAAAAUUCAAUAUGACUGAUUACAAAACAGGUUUAAUUGUUGUCAAUAGUUAUUUGGAUUAUGAAGAACAGAAUAAAUAUAUUAUUAGAAUUGUCAUAAAAGAUUCAGGAGGUAACCAGACUUCAGCCAAAUUAAUCAUUAAUAUCAAAGAUGUGGAUGAAUUUGGCCCAUCAUUCCUACCAAACCCGUGCGCAACUGCGGACCCCCUGUGCCAAAUACCUGUUUUAUAUCAUGCACAAAUAAAGGCAGCUGACAAAGGUCAAAUAUCAAUCUUUCCGAAUGAAGUAAAGGCAGUGGAUAAUGAAGCAAACAAUUAUACAAUUGGCUAUUCACUUUCAAAAGGAAACCUGCCAAAUAUUGGGAAAUAUUUCAAAAUCGAUUCACGUACUGCUGCAAUUACUAAAGUGGAAGACCUCCCAAAGAAUGUGACAUCAUCGGUUACUCUCUUUAUAAAGGCUGAAGAACAAUCAACACUCAAACAUUUUUCAGUUGCCAUUUUGAUAAUCGACAUUUUAGAUCGAAAUUCGACCGUUGCCAUGUCAACGCAGACCCCCGAUUCUGUUUCGGUAGGUGCCUUGUUUACACUUUUAGGCGUACUUCUUUCGGUCAUUUUUCUUUUCUCUCUCUUUGGUUUGGCUUUCUGGAUUCGUCGAAAAAGACAAGUACACGAUCCCCUACCCGAUUCUAAAGAUUACUUUACCCGACCUAAUCUAUCCACCAAAGUAUUUCCAAUUCGGGACAAACAUCGCUGUGAAGGUUAUAUGGGAAGUAACACAAUCAUGACUACAAUACUUCACGGUGAUAGCGAUGAAAUGGCGUCGGAUCGUUCCAGUAGAGAACAGCCUAUAAGAAGGAAGUCAUCGACAAACAAUACUGUCAAAAGUCGUCUUAAGCAAGUCGCGGACGCCUUGGAAAACAACCAACGUCAAAAUCCAAAAUCUUUACGGUCUAUAGCGUUACCAAUACGUAGUGAACAAAUCCCGAAAAAUGAUCAGUUGGAAGAAUUCGUGAGGAGACGUGCUAAGUCAGAAGAAAUAUUUCUUAAAUGCAAAUCGCCUAGUGGUUCCAAUUUCGGUACUUUCAGAUCUUCCUAUUCGUCCGCUUCCCGGAAAAUAAGACGCCAAAUGGUCACAAAUGGAACACUGGAGACAUAUGUGUCUGAUUACCCAACCCCGAUAUCCGAAUCUCCAAGUUAUUCAAUGUCUCGAAGCUCAACCAAACGAAGAGAUACCGAAGACAGUAGUAGUCUGACUUGGCCAAAUGAUGGUCGAAACUUGCGUGUGGACGUGCCAUCAUUACGUGACAACCAUUGCAAGCUGGGAAAAGAACAUCCCGGCCCAGAACAAAGUCAUUCUCCCAGCAUGCGUAUCAAAUGCGAAAAAAAAGAUCCAAACAUGCCCACAGAGAUAGCACCGCCAAUUCCUUGUACUAACAAAAUAAAGCGUCUAACACCCGCUAAACCACCCAGAAAAUUUGCAAAUAAAGAAAGAAGACAGUCGGCACAGUCUUAUGACGAACAGACUCAAAUAAACAAAAGUUUGAAGCAUACAGCUGAGAAGCCACCCAUAAAUCCAGGAAGCUCACUUUUUGUUCAAGAGAGACAAAUGACUUUAAAUAAACAAGUACAUGCUCCUCACUUAUCGAAAAGAACAAGACAUAGUCUGAUAAACACCACUCAGCGUUCAAGAAGCCCCUUUCAUAAAGUCAGCCACUCAGGUUCCAAGUCAAACAGAACAAAGUUUACCGACAUACAAGAUAGAGAACGAGCAUGUCGAAGUCUUGAAAACAAAUUGCGUUCUUUAGAGAAAACCCGCAGAUCAAAUAUAAAACACAGUAAAACCUUGGAACGAUUGCCUAAAAGAUCAGAGAGAACUCGGCGUCAGACGCACUCCUCGCCGGCAGUUUCCUUUUCAAAUGACCGUCCAAAGGAUCCCAAUAUAGAUACAUCAUCAUCUGCUGAAACACGAACUGAUGCGCAUGAUACCUGUUUAAGGGAUUCCUCACAGCAAAGAAGGCGGACACCCCCAACUUUACCCUCACGAAAAACUGAUAUCACUCCCGUUACCAACACUAUGUCAACUGGGGAGAUUCAUAGUUUCGAGGAAGAUGAUCCGCAAUACAUCAACGUUAAGUACACGACUUUGAUUGGUGAUAGUGUGGCGCACCUUUCAAACCGUAUGACUGAGCUUUCAUAUACUGUAAAUCAAAAUCGAUCGAAAGGCGACGAAAAAACACACGAAGAAAACGUUUAUCUGGAACCAGUGGCGACGCAACCGUGUCUGGAAGCAGAUUUAAAUAUACGCGCAAAAUUGGAGUUGAUUUUGGCUUCAGCUUUGCAAAAAAAGAGAGCGUCAGAGAAACAGAAAAACGAAAAGGAUUUCAAAAAUGAAAGAAUGAAAGAAGAAACAAUUGCAAGAAUGAGUUCUUCUUCUGCAGAAAAUCUAUCGGUGUCCAAAUUCGCGAAUCACAAUUAUUCGUCUUCGUCUUCUUCUGAAAAGGAUGAUUUAUCAAGAAAAAGUUGCCUUACAAGUCAGUCGUUAGAAAACAUCUUCUUAAAUUCAUCCUCUGUAGCCUGGCCAGAUCCCGAAACAACGCUUGCCACUUUGCAUCGGCAUCAUUUAGCAAUGGAAGACUACACAUCUUUUUGUUCGACCAAAAGCAAACAAGAGCCAAUAUCACCAUGUGCCUCGGUCAGGUCAAGUUCUUCUAACUCAUCUCGUUGUCAUUUCGGUCGUGUAAAUUCCCAUGGACAAUUUAUCGUGGACAUUCCUUGUGCCGAAUCAAACAUUCACAUGGCUAAAGCAACUAAACCGAUGGCUGUUCCUUUCCGAGAUGUGGAAACAUCAAUGGAGAUCAGUAUGAAUAGUCCGAGAGCGUCAAGGUAUCAAACAAGAACGUCAAGUUUAAGAUGCUGCGAUGAUAGAACCAAAGACAAUGGCUUUCCGAAAACGAUUUCCUUUGAUGGCAUCGACCAGUACGAAAUAGUGCACAGACAUACAAUUCCCAGGAUUUCGCCACAAAAACAAAUCACUCUGGAAAAACUGUCCCCAAAAAGAGAGAGAGCGGAAAACGGUGCUGACAAGCAAAAAAAUGAUUCCAAAUCAGAAAGAGAAAGAGAGGCCAAAGCAAAGCAGAAAACUAAUUCCGAACUGAAUAUUUUCAGUGAUGAAUGCAAUGCCGAUGCAAAUGGCCGCGUUUCAAGUAAAUUGGACGACGGGCCUUCAUGUUUUUCACGGUCGCGAUCGAUCGACAGCAGCGGUACGGUCGAUUCCUUAUCCCAAUGUGCCGAUCUAUCUAUCCGCUCCGACUGUGCCACCGUCAUGUCUUCGGAAUUAUACGAACCAUCCGAUUCCGACGGAGAAACGGUUCAUUCACUUAAAUUGUUCGAUUUUAUUUUCGAUAACGAAUAUUCAGUAACGUUUUCGUCUGCUGAAUCAGACAGCCAAUCAGUAUUUAGAGCAUGUCACCCGAUACCCCCGACACCACUACCACCACCACCACCGGGUGGGUUAUCCCCUGUCAGCUACCCGAUGUGUACUAAUCCGGAUGAAAAAGAAGAGGACGAUGAUGGAAAGGAGGCUGAUGAUGAAGCAGAUGACGUAACGCCUAAAACAGACAAUGGUCGAACUGGUUUUUAUUAUGUCAAUUCGGUCUUACCAAAUGAAGCAGAUGUUGUGGAUAAGGAGCCUGUUCUUAACGCCUACAAAAUAGUUAAUCAAGACGGUAAAGAUUUCAAUCAUAAACUGAUUAUCUAUCUAUCUAUCUAUCUAUCUAUCUAUCUAUCUAUCUAUCUAUCUAUCUAUCUAUCUAUCUAUCUAUCUAUCUAUCUAUCUAUCUAUCUAUCUAUCUAA